GAAAUUGCAACGUAACCUGGGCCUCACAAAAUAAUAUUAGGAUGUCCUUUGCAGCCUCUUCUUCUUUUCUCUCCACUCCACCCCUUACACUCCUUUGAUAGUUGAUAUCACUUUCACCAACGGAUGAAGCUCACGUUGCUGCCAUGGCUGCUCUUGGCCAUUGGGUCUGCCUCAGCGACGUAUCCUGGUAUGAAUACUUUCAGAACACCUUCUUUCCCUCCCCCCUGGCUCGCGUGCUUAAAAAAGGGGAGACGUGCAAAGAGAAAAUAUACUAACUAAACAUUGGUUGAAAAUUUUUAUAGGGCAUCAUGAAUCAUCCACCUCCACCCACAAGUCGGUCGCAACACACACACAAAAUAUUCGAAGCUUACCGACUCUGUACGACCGCCACUGUAAAACUGAUGAUGAUUGCCCCGACGUUCACUGUUGCAAUUUAUGGGUUAAACGAUGUGUUCUUGACCCCCUCGGUACUAUCUGCGAUAUUAAACCUACUACGACUCCCAAGAAGAAAACUACGACUUCCAAAAAGUCCACCACCAAACAUAAGACUACCACCCGACCUUCAACCACCACUACCAAAAAGACCUCAAAUGCUCACGCUACCAACAAGGCACAACCUGUUGGCGUGUUGUCUGAAACCAACCCUUCAUCCACUCCUGACCCCACUACUUCGGCUGGCGACGAAGGUACAACACCUGGAGAUCAACCCGUUGUCAACGACCCUAAUGCUUCACCAUCCACUGAAGCAACUACUCUUACCCCUUCAUCCGGUACACCCACCGCCUCCGGCGCUUCGUCAUCUUCCACCAAUGGCAGCAACAAUGGAGGCAACAAUGGCAGCCAAAACAACUUGGCCAAUUCUGAUGUCGUCGCAGGCGACAUUACCAAUAAAAAACUUGGUAUUGGAAUUGGUGUCGGUGUAGGUUGCGUUGCCGCCAUCGGUUUGGUCGGUAUGGCAGCUUUCCGCCGUCACGAAAAACGUGUGAAGAAUGCCAACAUGGAUAAUGCCUCUGGCGACCCCGUCAGCACU